AUGUCAACAAGUUGGAGUAAUUAUUUCUUUGGCGGAUAUCGUCAGAAGCGAGAAGAUCACAGUGAUGUGGUGGAUCUCUUGGAAAGUGUUUCCCAACGAGACUGGUCGGCUGCCGAUGUUGACCGGAAAGAGGUCGAUGAUAUAGUCAAGCGAUUACGGUAUCGACAUCCCCGUACUCCACCAAGGCAGUCUCGUCUGAGUCGACACCAGGAUGUUGUUGGUCAAGAUGAAGCCCUACAACUGAAUGUUCUUGACAGCAUGAACAAUAUGCUGCCCCGCGCUAGUUCCAACAUUAAGAUUGAUUCGUCAAGCAUGCCCAACCAGGGGGGAGAACUGCUGCGUGAUUUUGGUGGCAGUGUGGUAUCUUCCAAGUCCGACUCUUCGGAUGGAAGAAGUCAAGGGACCGAUGGGUCUGCCGAUGAUUCAUUUGGGACGUCAUCGUCAUAA